AUGCACCCGGCGCCUCCUCCACCUAGUGCAAUCCAGUGUGAGUCUUCACUACCGAUGCCACCGCAAUUGCAACAAAUGAUGCAUCAGAUGCAAAAGCGUCAGCCAAAGUUCCAGCAGCAUGUGCCAGCGUUUGAAAUAUCUGGAGAUCACCGUGGUGGACGAGGACGCACGAGGGGACACAGAGGUAUCCAGCAGCAGAAAUGUAGAACAAAUCGCGAUGAUAGGUAUCAUCAGACGCAGUAUAAACGAAAAAAAAGACCGAAUGAGGUCGUACAUGAUGCUUUGAAGUUCUUUAUGCCGUCGUUUUUAGAGGAUCCGUGGAAGGAGCUCGAGACUAGCGAAUGGAGCAAUGUAAAGGAUGAAGCUGCCGUCAAGACAGAGUAUACAGGAGCACAACAUAGAGAGGAGAUGCGUGUACAAGAAAUACAACAUUCUGGCAGGAAGGACGGACCAGGGCGAGUGUUAUUCCAGCCUUCGUUUCUUGAAGAUCCAUGGAUGCACUUGGUGCAGUGA